AUGCAGUCUGGCAAUCAUGUCACCUACGCAGACGAUCAGGAUGGUCCUCCGGCAUCCAAGAGGCCCAGAUCUUCGAUGUCCAAGUCGAUCCCGAGUCGCACAAUCACUCAGGACUUCGUGGCGAGCGAUAACUCACAAGAUGCUUGGAACUCUGACCCGUUGGAUUACCCAAGGCGACGCGCAACAAUCGCCUGCGAAGUAUGUCGGUCCCGGAAAUCAAGAUGUAAUGGAGCCAGGCCGAAAUGCAAGUUGUGCACAGAAUUGAAUGCAGAAUGCGUCUACCGAGAGCCUGGUGUCAAGCUGGAUGCCGGGGACAAGCUCAUUCUUGAACGUUUGGCGCAUAUCGAAGGCCUGUUACAGUCGAAUCUGCUGGAGUCUGGGCACCCUCCCGCAGCUCGUUUCGAUCCUACUUCACCGGCGACGAGCCACACUGCAUCCGAUGCGGAUAUUCAUUCAAAGCGGUUGAGCGCCUCUGUGAGCUCGGUGCCUAUGAGCGGAAUGGGAAUAUCGAUGGCAACCAACAUCUCCACCAUGCCCAAAGCACACACCACGCCUGCGUUACAUCUCCUUCAAUGGCCUGUUAUCCGCGACCUGGUCUCAAAACCCUGCGAUCCCUCAGUCCUCCUUCAACUGGAAAUGACACGAGCACCUUUGGAUAUUCAGCAUCCCUAUACGCUGGAUCUGGGCGAAGGCGUGCAAGCAUAUGCUCGUGCGUUCUUCGACAAGGUCAACGUUUGGUACGCAUGUGUGAGCCCGCAUUCGUGGCAUGACUAUUUCAGGACUGCUUCGAAUUUGUCGUUUCGAUCAGGAGCUGAGAGCUGCGUGGUUCUCCUCGUUUUGGCGCUAGGACAAGCAGCGUACGACGGUCAUAGCAUCUCCCGCUUGCGUGAAGGUCAGCCAGUACCAGGUAUGGACUACUUCAGUGCAGCGUGGACAUUAUUGCCCAGUCUCAUGGUUCGCAACGAUAUCAUCUCAGCGCAGUGUCACAUCCUCGCAGCAGCGUAUCUGCUCUACAUCGUUCGUCCUCUGGAAGCGUGGAACAUGCUCUGCAACGCUUCGAUGAAACUCCAACUCAACCUCUCCUCCCCGACCACAAUUCCCCCACCCCUCAAAGAACUCAGCGAAAGAAUCUACUGGAACACCCUAAUGAUCGAAUCCGACCUCCUCGCCGAACUCGACCUCCCCCACUCCGGCAUCGUCUCCUUCGAAGAAUCCAUGCGCCUCCCCCGCAGCUUCCCCACCACCAUAACCACCCCGAACGACCCCUCCUCACCCUCCUCCCCACCCCCAGGCCCCGACGACAUCUGGUACUUCCUCGCGGAAAUCGCCCUCCGCCGCCUCCUCAACCGCGUCUCCCACACCCUCUACUCGCACAAACGCCACCCCCUCACAACCCUCGACCCCAUCGUCUCCGAACUCGACUACCAACUAACCCAAUGGUACGAAAACCUCCCUGCUCCCAUCCGCUUUCCCCGCGACCGCCUCCCGGCGCAAAACCCCAUCCAAACCGUCCUCCGCCUGCGCUACUUCGCCUGCCGCACCAUCAUCUUCCGGCCCUACAUCCAAGCGGUGCUCCAGGACGAACACCUCGCGACCACCGAGCCCGCCGUGCAGGCCGCGUGUGGGAAGUGUCUGGAUGCGUGUGUGAGGCAGGUCGAGAACCUCGCGGCGCAUCGCGAGGGGCAUUUGCCGUAUCUGUGGCAGGGCGUGUUGUCGAUUACGAGUCAGACGCUGUUGCUCAUGGGGGCGACGCUGGCGCCGGUGUUGGCCGGGUUGCUCCCUCCGAAGCAGCGGCUGGAUGCCGUUUUCAAGGAGGUGAUUGUCGAGGUCGAGGGCUUGGAGCAUUUGGCGCCGAGUUUGAGGCUUUGUGGGGAGAUUAUUCGGGAGGCGGAGGAGAGGAGGAGGGUGUUGCUGCAGCGGCCGAGAUGA